ACAAAAGCGCUAAUCUGACACUAACACGGAGACAGGAUCUCACGCGCUCCUUCGGUUUGUAGAUUCGAGUUUUUUAUUCAGGUCAUCCUUUCAGCACCGCGCUGACACCCGCUGACGGACUCUGCUCCCAAUGUUUACUUCUCCGGCAUGUCUCCUCCUGGCUGGGAAAGUAAUGUCCCGGUUUAUUGACGAGAUUGUUAGGAGUAACAAAUUGAAAAGCCACUAUUUUUGUGCGGCAUAUAUUGCAAUGGCUGUCCGGCUAACGCACUAGCUAACAGCAGCAGUUCGGCCAGCUUCCUCUGUGUGGCAGCGAGCUGUUGUCGACGGAUCCUUUCCGGCUCCAUGAUGGCGAUGUUUCGGAGCUUUGUCUCGGCGAGCACCCAGCUCCGCCAGCAGCAGCAGCAGCCCGGCAGCGGCUCGGGCUCCCUGGCAGCCCCGGCAGAGGGCAUCGAGAGUCAGUUCUCCUGUCCCAUCUGCCUGGAGGUCUACCACAAACCCGUCAGCAUCGCCAGCUGUGCUCACACGUUCUGUGGGGAGUGUCUGCAGCCAUGUCUUCAGGUCACCUCGCCUCUCUGCCCUCUCUGUCGGGUGCCCUUUGACCCCAAGAAAGUGGAGCGCUCCUCCAGCGUGGAGAAACAGCUGGCAUCAUUCAAAGCUCCCUGUCGGGGCUGCAACAAGAAGGUGGCUUUGGUAAAGAUGAGGUCCCACAUCGCUUCCUGUUCUAAAGUCCAGGAGCAGAUAGCCAACUGUCCCAAGUUUGUCCCUGUGGUGCCCACCUCUCAACCUAUACCAAGCAAUAUUCCAAACCGGUCAACAUUUGUGUGUCCAUUCUGUGGGGCCAGAAACCUGGACCAGCAGGAGCUGGUGAAGCACUGUAUGGACAACCACCGUAAUGACCCUAAUAAAGUGGUGUGUCCGGUGUGUUCGGCCAUGCCGUGGGGAGACCCCAGCUAUAAGAGCUCCAACUUCCUCCAGCAUCUCCUCCACAGACACAAGUUCUCUUAUGACACCUUCGUUGACUACAGCAUCGAUGAAGAAGCAGCACUGCAGGCAGCUCUGGCACUGUCACUGGCUGAGAACUGACACCUGUCACACCACGGCAUCCUCUCACGCUGGUGUCACCCUCGUCCCUCUGCACUGAUGCCCCCUCCACGGCUCAGAGGGCCAACAUCAUCCAGCCAACAGACUCACCUGACCCGGCCGGGUUCACCGCCUCUACGGAGAGGUCCAGCCGGCUUCUCUUCCUCCUCACGUGGAGGAUCUUCUUCCUGGUGUAGCAGUAAAGACAGUUUGCUCCGCUGCAGCACAGGAGCAGGACGUGUCUUCUUUUUGAUUUGAUGACUUGAAGACAAAACAUCCUGCUGACUCAGAAUAGAUCCUGUGACUGUAUUACGAUAAACAGUCCGUUCACUCACAGCUGCCAUCCAGUCCACCACAGCAUGAAGGGCUACCUCCAUGGAAAAUUGUGAACCAUCCUGCAGCGUUCCACCUCCAAACCCCUCAUCAGAGACCACUAGUCACCUGCUAUUAAAGCCCUGUUUGCUGGUGCUCACUGUGAGUAACUUACUCUCCAGAUUGUUCUGUAGUGAUCACGUUUGUUUGAUAAGUUAACAGUAACUGGCACGCAAGAGCUCACUAGGAAGUGUUUUGCAAAGGUAAAAAAGAAGAAAAAUGAAUUGAAAGUACAAUGAUCAAUAGCUCUUAUAUUCGUCUCCACAAAUAGAUGCAACUGCUGUAGAGUUGGUGUGUCAUAUUUUGCACUCACAAGACAAAACAUAAAUCAGAUGAGUUAGAAAGGCAAUGGUCACUAUCAGUGGGUUCAAGGUUAAGGAUCCCCCUCACAACAUCAUGUAUGGAGAGGAAGUUCCAUGGAUUUUUAUGUAACAUUAUUUGGCCUUGUAGUUUUACUGUGGUGACCUGGGGUCUCAUUUAUAACAAUUGUGUAUGCACAAAACUGGUCUUGAAAGAGGCCACUUUCCAUGCAAAAGCUGAUCUAUAAAAAAAAACUUGAUGGGAGAAUGGGUGCACCUGUAGGGAGACUCUGGCCGAUGUGUGUGCCAACACAUUCUCAUCUCAAGCUGUCACAUGUUGCAGCUUUUUGCAGUGGACUUCCGCG